AUUACGAAAGGUGAUGUUUCUCAGAGAGUUGACAGUUUUUGUAUAAGGCGUAUUUUGUAUUUUUUCAUCACUUUCAAUUUUAUUGAAAAAAAUCUUAAAAGAAAAGUAAGAAAAGCGAUCUGAUUUGUGUAAAAUUGCAUGUAGGUGGUGACGGAACAAAGUAAUGUGGUGUUUUUCCUCUGGCCAAGCUAAUAACCCAGAACCGAUGGCGGCUAUCCGCAAAAAGUUGGUAAUCGUCGGAGAUGGAGCAUGUGGUAAAACUUGCCUCCUAAUUGUGUUCAGCAAAGAUCAGUUCCCGGAGGUGUACGUGCCGACAGUUUUUGAGAAUUAUGUUGCAGACAUCGAAGUAGAUGGAAAACAGGUUGAACUCGCCUUAUGGGAUACGGCUGGACAAGAGGACUAUGAUCGAUUGAGACCUCUUAGUUAUCCAGAUACCGAUGUCAUCCUGAUGUGUUUUUCAGUUGAUUCACCCGAUUCAUUGGAAAAUAUCCCAGAAAAAUGGACACCAGAAGUGAAACAUUUUUGCCCCAAUGUUCCAAUUAUUUUAGUCGGUAACAAGAAAGAUCUUAGAAAUGAUCCUAAUACAAUUAAGGAGUUGGCUAAAAUGAAGCAAGAACCGGUGAAACCACAGGAAGGACGUGCAAUGGCUGAGAAAAUAAAUGCGUUCGCUUACUUAGAGUGUUCAGCUAAAUCAAAAGAAGGUGUUCGUGAAGUGUUUGAGACAGCCACCCGAGCCGCUUUGCAAGUUAAAAAGAAGAAGAAAGCUAGAUGCCUUUUGCUCUAAGAAUUGAAAAAAAAAAGAAAAAAGAAAGAAAAAUAUCAACUAAAAUGAAAAACUCUUACUUUUUUUUUCUUGAGAAGAAGAUUUUAAUGUUACACACAAAAAAAUAAAAGAAAGAAUAUUUACAACUUUUUAUUUACGGAAUUUCUAUAGUAGUGAAUAAAAAAAAGGAAACAAUUUGAUGAAAUAUGUUUAUAAAAAAAACAAAGAAAAUAAAAUGAAAACCAUAAAAUACUUUCUAAUAAAACAUUUUGAGAUUUUUUUUUCAUACGAGGAACUAAGGAGCGAUCAUUCAUGGAAAUGAAGAUAUCUAGCUGAAUCUUCCUUUUUUUUUCUAAAAAAAAAUCAUUUUUAUUUCUUACAAAAUGGGGUGGUUAAGUGAAUAAAUUCAAAGUGAGUAUUUUGGAGUUUUGUUUUAAGAGAUUUUUCUCGAAAACUAAGAGAAUUUGCGCAUGGGAAUGUGCUUAGAUUUCGAGAGAUGAUGUCGCAAAAUGCUUGCAUUUCUUCCCAAUAGCAUUUUUUUCAAUAAAGGCUUCCGUCAAAGAAAUUCCUAUAAUUAACAAAAAUGAAAGAAAGAAAAGAUUAAAAUGAUUUCACAUAUUUCUUUGCAUCUGCAGUAAUUCAAUUUUUUUUCACCUCAUAUUUAUCAAACAUGUGGAAGAAGAGAUUAAUUUCUGGGAAAUUUCAAUUAAAAAUGGGAAAGCACAUUAAACAUCCACAAAUUGUAUCAAUAAUAAAAGAAAAAAGAAACUUACAUCAAUAUAUUCAAUAUAAGCAAAAAGAUAAAAAAAAUAAAAGUAAUUGUAACAUAAUUAUACUUUAAGUAAAUUGAAAGAUGCAAGAAGUUACAAAAAAAAAUGGAAAUCGUUUUAAAAAAUAACAAUUAUAUCCUUUUUCAUAAAAUCAACUAUAUAACGAACUUUUUUCGAUAAAAAAAUGAGACAAAACAUAUUACUAAAAAAAACUAAGCAAUUUGUUUACUAUUGAAAAUUUACAAAAAAAAAGAAGAAAAAAAAUAAAUUGAAAAAUUAAAUUUAAAGAAAAAUUAAGCAAGGAUUAUUGUGUUGAAAAUGCAAUUUUCUUUUUAUCCUUCAUGCAAUGGGAUUUAGUUUGAAAAUUAAAAAGAAAAAAAUACAAAAAAUGUCAAGUUUUUAUUGUAAAAGUUUCUUUUUAAAAUGAAAAGUGCCUAAUUUUCAAUGUAGCUACAUAAAUAAGUGUGUGAACAAAAUUAUGCAGUUUUUAAGAUUUUAUUGUCAUUUUUAAUAUAUAUUUUUUUGCAAUGUUUCCCGGUGAAUAAAAAAAAAUACCUACCCAGCAUGGAAAACCUCAAAAAAGAAAAAAAUCUAUAGGAAAGAUUGCUAGCUUAUUUAAAAAUAAAAAAAAAGAAAGAAAGAGUACGAGAUAGAAGUGAAGAAAAAAAACUAUUUUGUAAUAAACAUCCAUAAAAUUAAGUAUUAAAAUGAUUUAUAGGUGAUUUUUUUUAAUUUAUAAAAAUAAUUUCUUUGUGCUUUCUACGUUUUUCAAUAUUUUUUUUUAUUUCUCUUUAAACAAAUAGAAAGAUUUAUUUAAAUUUUUAAACGUUCACACACACAAAAUACAUUUUAAAUGUUUCUUCAUGAGAAAGAAAACAAACAAAAAAAAUCUAUGCGUGCGAAUUGUACUUUUUGCAGAUAAAAAAAACUGUAAAAUUUUUGAACAAAUUGAUUAAAAGAAAAUCAUAUAGGACGACUCUAUAAGUGAAAGAAAAAUUCGUUUUGCAUAUUUUUAAGUAAAAAAUAUUUCAUAAUAAUAUAUAGUGAAAAUUCCAAUAUCCAACAUGUGCUAAUUCUAUAGCUUAACCGAAUCAUUUUAUACAAAAGAGAAGAAGUUUAAAAAAAAAAAAAGAAAAGAAAAACUACACAGAGAAGAAUAUUUUUGACUUUUUAACUUUAAGUUUAUUUCAGUGGUUUUAGAAGCUCAAAAUUUUUAUAUUUAUGUAAUUAAAUUUCAGAUGAAAAAAAAAUGGUAAAAAAAUGAAUGCGCAUAAAAACGAGGGUGACAUUUUUUUGGUGCUCUCGUCUUAAGAAAUAAAACAAAAAAAGCUAAUUUAAUAUUUCUUUUUUUCCUUGAGAUCAUCCAAAGUCUUUUUUACCGAAACUUACAACAAAAAAAUCAACAACAAAACGACAAAUUGAGUAAAAUAUAAAUCAUAGGAAUUUUUCUUUGAGAAAAUGAGAAUAAUCUACCGUAAAUUGAUAUGGAAACUAUUGAAUAAUUUAAGUAUGUUCAAUCUUUAAAGGAAAAAAAUGUUAUAAUUUGAUGUAAUCUAUAAUAAUAAUAUAUAAAAUGAACGAA